AAGGAUAAUGAAAAUAGAAAAAUGUGAUAGAUUGGAGUAUCUCUUUGCAUCCUCGGUGGCAAGAAACAUUACUCAGCUACAACAAAUUGAAGUGACUGAUUGUAAGAACCUAAAAGAGAUUUUUGGUGAAGAAAGUAAAGACCGUGGUGAUGAAAUUGAAACAAAUGAUAAGAUUGACUUCAAUCAAUUGUGUUCUCUAACACUACAACGUCUACCACAAUUCAUAAAGAUUGGUUCUGACAUGAGGGUUGUCUUUCCAAGAUUGGAGAACUUGAAACUGUGCUCAAUUACUAUUGAGAAUACAUGGCUUGAUCAACCUUUGACAAUGUCUUCUUAUAGUCAAUGCUUAAAAAGCUUAACCGUGGAGGAGUGUAAUGGCUUGAAAUUUUUGUUUUCAUCCUCCAUGGUCAGAAGUCUUAACCAACUCCAUAAACUUGUGAUAGGCAACUGUAAGUCAAUGGAAGUAAUAAUUGACUCAAAAGGGGAGGAAGGAGAAGAAAGGAUAAUUGAUAUGAGUUUUCCGAAACUAUUCUACCUGAAGCUUGAAGUUCUGCCAAAACUUGUGACUUUUGGCAUCGGAAAUUCAAUCGAAUUCCCGUCUUUAAAUGAACUUCAUAUUGAUGGUUGCUCUAAUUUGAAGACAUUCUUCUGCAAAUCUUUUUCUCCAGGCACGGUGAGAGAAGAACCUAAAGAAGAAUUGAACUGGGAGAACUACUUUAUUGAUAUAAACCCUCUUUUUGAUGAAAAGGUUGCUUUUCCAAGCUUGGAGGUGAUGGUACUAUUACAUUUGGAUAACUUGCAAUUGAUAUGGAACAACCAACAACUCCAUGUGGAAUCCUUUUGCAAACUAAAAGAAGUCAUACCGAAUUUGGAAGUGUUGGGUUUAGAUGCACAUGACUUCAAAUUGACAUUCCUCCACUGUGAUUUAGCUAAGAGCUUUGACAAACUUAAAGAACUUUUUCUGGGUAACUUUGAUGAUGAAUCUGUUGCUUCUCUGUCUGGUUUCCUUCAAAGGUUAAAUUGUUUGGAAUCACUUUUGUUUUAUGAUAGUAGUUUCAAAGACCUAUUCCCCUAUGAACAAGGACAUAUAUGGAAACAAGAUUUACAAGGGGACACAUUUCUUCAAAAUCUUCAAACUCUAUAAGUAGUUAGAUGCCGUCAUUUGACAAUUUUGAUGCCAACCGCAAUGUCUUUCAAAAAUCUUACAACUCUGGAGACUUGGAGCUGUGAUGGACUAGUCAACAUACUUGCAUGCUCAGCAGCCAAAGCUCUUGUUAAUCUCACAACAAUGACAAUAAGAGACUGCAAGUUAGUGACAGAGAUAAUAGCCAAGGAGGGGGACAAAGAAGAGGAUAUUGUUUUUGGCCAAUUGAAAGUUUUGGAGCUUUACUGUUUAUCAAGCCUCACAUUCUUUUGCUCAACCAAUUAUUCCUUCAAAUUCCCUUGUUUGGAGCAAGUUAUUGUGAGUCAAUGUCCAAAAUUAAAGAUCUUCUCUCAGGGAGUCUUAAGCACACCUUUGCUAAAGAGAGUACAAUUGAC